UCGAUGAUCACGGGUGCGCAUGUGCUAACUACCAACAGAAUCGGAGUCACAGCAAACAACCUAAAUGCUGAGCAACAUUUCAUUGACAUUUUAAACAACACGUCAAUCUCACUGUUGGUUGCAACAAAUAUAACACCAUUUUUUGUAGCGCUGUAGGGGUUACCUUAUUUUUUAAGCAAUAACAAAUAGCUUAAAUUGAUUACUACCGCACUGCGCAGUGACUGUUGGGGGAAGUUCGCGGUUGGACUUGGUGUUGUAUUGUCUGCCACAGACGCCGGCGGAGUAUCUUCAACGAGCCGCGUCCACGGCUAAUUUAGAGCGCACCUUCAACAUUGGACUAUUUUCGCAUCAUUAAAGACCGAUAAAAAUAUAUCUCCUGGAGCCGGGACGUCAAUAAAAAGUACAACAUUUUUCGUCUGUUUUCAAAAAUGGCCGCAACAGUGGAAAUGGACGGAAGUAUAAUGGAGGGUGGCGGGCAAAUUUUGAGAGUAUGCGCUGCGUUGAGUUGCAUCAACGGCACAUCCGUCAGAAUAAACAAAAUUCGCGCAGGUAGAAGUACACCAGGAUUAAGACCACAGCAUCUCUCAGGGUUGGAGUUGGUCAGGGACAUUUGUUGUGGAACUCUAGAGGGAGGUUCUGUUGGAUCCACAGAAGUCACACUUAUUCCUGGGAAAAUUAAGGCUGGAAAUCACACGGCAGAUCCCCAAACAGCAGGGAGUGUUGGCCUGUUGCUCCAGGUCUCCCUGCCUUGUGCCCUGUAUGCAGACGGACCCUCGGAGCUCUGUCUGAAAGGAGGCACCAAUGCCGACAUGGCCCCGCAGAUUGACUACACCAUCAAGGUAUUUAAGCCUAUUGUGGAAAAGUUUGGAGUACAUUUUGACUGCGACUUGCGAAUGAGGGGUUACUAUCCCAAAGGUGGCGGCGAGGUGGUGGUGAAGGUUAACCCAGUGAGCGAGCUGAGCCCGGUCAACAUGACCGACCGAGGAACCAUCACUAAAAUCUACGGCAGGUCCUUUGUGGCCGGGGUGCUGCCAUAUAAGCUCGCCAAGGACAUGGCUACCACCGCAACGAGACAUAUCAGGAGGGAAAUUAAGGACCUCUACGUCAACAUCCAAACCCUGCAGGAGAAGGACAUGGCCUGUGGCAGUGGCAACGGCAUCAUAAUCAUUGCAGAGUCUUCCACAGGCUGUAUAUUUGCAGGGUCAGCUCUUGGUAAAAAAGGUGUGUAUGCAGACAAAGUGGGUUUUGAAGCUGCGGAGAUGCUACUCAGGAAUAUCAGGCACAACGGCUGUGUGGACGAGUUUCUUCAGGACCAGCUCGUCCUCUUCAUGGCUUUGGCAAACGGCACUUCCAGAAUACGUACCGGCCCAGUCACCCUACACACACAGACUGCCAUCCAUGUAGCAGAGCAACUCACUCAGGCUAAGUUCACAGUGACCAAGGCAGAGGAUGAGAAUGCCAGCAAUGACACCUUCAUCAUUGAGUGCCAUGGAGUGGGAGUCACCAACCCUCAUUUCUAGCCACGCCUGCACACGUGUUGUCUCCCUGCCCCAUUUAUUUUGACAUCCGCACCGGCUGUGGAUAGAAGAGGCACUGGAAAUACUGGAGGACUCAUAGCAAACACACUACUGUGAUGUCACUGAAUGGUCAGACGCUGAUUCUAUUUAUAUUAUGAUUUAUGGCCCCUCUGGCUAAAUAAGCAAAUUAAUUAUUGGUUUACAAAUGCACAGCCACAUUACGGUUUGUCGUUGUUGUACUUUUCCCCUCCUAUUGCAUUAACUAUCAUUACCCUCUUAGCUUGUAUAACUCAGGGUAUUAAUGCCUUACACUGUUAUAAUAAAAACAUUAUUGGAAGUAGAA